AGCUGGCCACAUCAUAGAGCUCGGCCGAGCCGGCGCUGCCGUCGUCCCCCGCCCCAGCUAGCAAACCGCCGCCGCGGGCGCGCCCCCGCUCUGCGCUGUCUCUCCGAUGGCGUCCGCCUCCGGGGCCAUGGCGAAGCACGAGCAGAUCCUGGUCCUCGACCCGCCCACAGACCUCAAAUUCAAAGGCCCCUUCACAGAUGUAGUCACUACAAAUCUUAAGUUGCGAAAUCCAUCCGAUAGAAAAGUGUGUUUCAAAGUGAAGACUACAGCACCUCGUCGGUACUGUGUGAGGCCCAACAGUGGAAUUAUUGACCCAGGAUUGACUGUGACUGUUUCAGUAAUGCUACAGCCUUUUGACUAUGAUCCCAAUGAGAAGAGUAAACACAAGUUUAUGGUACAAACAAUUUUUGCGCCACCAAAUACUUCAGACAUGGAAGCUGUGUGGAAAGAGGCAAAGCCUGAUGAAUUAAUGGAUUCUAAAUUGAGAUGUGUAUUUGAAAUGCCCAAUGAAAAUGAUAAAUUGAAUGAUCUGGAACCCAGCAAAAACAGUCAGCUGAAUGUCUCUAAACCUGAUGGACCCAUGCCAAAACCGCAUAGUGUUUCACUCAAUGAUACUGAAACAAGGAAACUCAUGGAAGAAUGUAAAAGACUUCAGGGAGAAAUGAUGAAGCUAUCAGAAGAAAAUCGACACCUGAGAGAUGAAGGCUUAAGGCUCAGAAAGGUAGCACAUUCGGAUAAACCUGGAUCCACCUCAGCUGCAUCCUUCAGAGAUAAUGUCGCCAGUCCUCUUCCUUCCCUUCUUGUCGUAAUUGCAGCCAUUUUCAUCGGGUUCUUUCUAGGGAAGUUCAUCUUGUAGAGUGAAGCAUGCAGAGUGCUAUUUCUUUUUUUUUUCUCUUGACCAGAAAAAGAUUUGUUUACCUACCAUUUCAUUGGUAGUAUGGCCCACGGUGACUUUUUUUUUUUUGGUGUGUGUAUACAGCGUCAUAUAGGCUUUGCCUUUAAUGAUCUCUUACGGUUAGAAAACACAAUAAAACAAACUGUUCGGCUCCUGGACAAAUUGUAUAUUACCAGAUCAUCACUAGCAGAUGUCAGUUGCACAUUCAGUCCUUUAUGAAAUUCAUAAAUAAAGAAUUGUUCUUUCUUUGUGGUUUUAAUAAGAGUUCAAGAAUUGUUCAGUCUUGUAAAUGUUAUUUUAAUAAUCCCUUUAAAUUUUAUCUGUUGCUGUUACCUCUUAAAAUAUGAUUUAUUUAGAUUGCUAAUCCCACUCAUUCAGGAAAUGCCAAGAGGUAUUCUGUGGGGAGAUGGUGCCUCUUACAGUGUAAAUUUUCUCCUUUACCUUUGCUAAUAUCAUGGCAGAAUUUUUCUUAUCCCUUGUGAGGCAGUUGUUGACUGAGUUUUUCAUCCUUACAAUCCUGUCCCAUGGUAUUUAACAUAAAAAAAAAUAAAACUGUUAACAGAUUCUUGCUCGAUA